AACUUGAUCUGACAUGACAACAUUUAUUUUUACUCUGACAGUUUUGCUUGUGGUGGUUGGGGCGGCCUAUGGAGGAUGCGUGGCUCUUCCUUCGGACGCUUGUCCGUCGUGCGUCCGGCGUUUGUGUGCCGAAGAUUGGCGGCAUUUGAUCCCCUACCCAAACAACUGCUCGCGUUUCUGCAAGUGUGACCACGGAAACGCCGUUGCAUUUGACUGCCCUGGAGGGUUGGAGUUUGACCCUCUGCCGUUGGUCUGCACUUGGCCCAAUCCUUAUGGCUGUGACGGCUACGUUAAUGGCUGCCCUUGAUCAAUACUUUUUUAAUCAGUUAAUUUUUAUUUCAAAUAAGUGCAUAUUUCUUGAGAUAUAAAUCUUAAAUUCAUCUCAACUGAACUAAAUUUGUAACG